CUCUCUCUCUCUCUCUCUCUGACUGCCUGAGUGACUCUUGAACUCUCCACUGGGGAGGGAAAAGUUGUUGAGGAUGCACUCAAGCUGAGAAAACUUGCCAAGAAGAAGAAGGAGUCACACUCCGGUUCUCUGCAGCGGGUCACAGCUGCUCUGUUCCGCCGAGGAUGAGGAGCAAGAGACCGACGGGACGGUCCCAAAAUGAUUCACCUUGAAGCAAACACGGAUUUUAAACCCCCUCUUUGAAUCCAAAGCCACACUUGUAUUCGUCCCGCACCAUGAGCACCCUGCAGCAGCUGGGGACCAUGUCCUUUCUGAUGAAGAAGAAGAAGUUUAAGUUUCAGGUGUAUUUCACGUUGGAGGAGCUGACAGCGGUGCCGUUCGUGAACGGGGUGCUUUUCUGCAAGAUCCGGCUGAUGGAUGGAGGGGACUUUGCCAUCUUGUCAUCCAGGGAGGAGGUGCAGCAGAACUGCGUUCGAUGGAGGAAGAAGUUCUCGUUCAUUUGUAAAAUGAGUGCGAAUCCCAUCAGCGGCGUGUUGGAUCCCUGCAUCUGCAGAGUCUCCGUGCGCAAGGAGCUCAAAGGAGGGAAGACCUUCUCAAAGCUGGGUUUUGCUGAUCUCAACAUGGCAGAGUUUGCUGGUUCAGGCUCGGCCGUGCGCUGCUGCAUCCUGGAGGGUUACGACACAAAAAACACCCGACAGGACAACUCUAUCCUGAAGGUGAUUAUUGGAAUGACUCUUCUGUCCGGGGAUCCCUGCUUUAAAACGCCUCCCAGCACAGCCAAAUCCAUCUCCAUCGGGGACCAGGACCCGACCCUGCAGCUGGACUGUAAGGGAGAGAGCACCGAGGCGUCAGCGCCGACACGAGGAAGCUUCAAGGAGUCUCCUCGCUCCUUCAAACCCAAACAGUCGUCAGUACGCAGCGCAGGUCUGCCUGAGGAGGGAGAGUGUGUGUCCAGUCCAGAUGACGUCUUUCACUCCGGUCAUGUCCGCAGCUCGAGCUACGCCAGCCAGCACAGCAAGAUCUCAGGUUACAGCACAGCUCACUCUCGCUGCUCCAGCAUGAACGACCUCAGUCACCAUAGAAACGCCUCCUCCAGCAGCAGUGCGUCCUGCGGCCUCGCCCACCCCUCCUCCCCCUACUCCUCUUCUACCCAGCCGCCUCCCUCCACCCCCACCGAGGCUCCUCAACAAGCCACGCCCACAAAACCAGAGAGACCUCCCCCACCCUCUACAGCCGCCCUCAUGUCUAACAGAUCCUCCAGGAGGAAGAAGGACAGCGUGCAGCGGCAGCCGAGCUGUGUGGACGACACUCGAAUCGAUGCGGACGACAUUGUGGAGAAGAUCAUCCAGAGUCAGAACUUUUCUGAAAGCAGCAACAAUGAAGUCAGCAACCUGAGACUGUUUGUCAGCAAAGACGGGACGACUGCGCUGAGCGGGACGCAGAUCGCCAACAGAGGAACUCCUGGUGCUUUUGAACCGGUCGUCAUCGAGACUCACUGACAGAAGCGUCACCUCGUCUGCAGCCUCGUCCACUGGUUCUCUAUUCUGUGACGUCUGAUUGUCCAACUGUGUUUGUGCAUGUACGAGGAAAGACGCCGUGCAUACACGUCUCAGUGCACAUAGCUUGAAAUAAGACUACUAUGAUAUGUAGAUAUUUAUCCUUUCUAGUAUAUUUAAUAAGGUGGUGGGAGGUGUAGUAUUGUAUCUCAAAUACUAGAAGGGACUUUCUUUACAAAGAGGUCCAGGCCGUCCUGGUGGUCUGAGUCCGCAGUCCAGGAAAGACAGUUAGCAAAGUGAAAGCAAUGUCAAAGGUGAAUGAAAACACCUUAUUAACACAAAACACCAAAAAUAUGUGCAAACAUGUGUAAUUCAAAGGGUUGAAUUAAUGCAAGUUACAAGACUGAAGUUGCUGCUGUGUUUUGGUGUUAAAGGAGCAGUAUGUAACUCUGACACCUAGUGUUUAAAAUGGGUACUGCAGUCUGAUUUCUAAACAUUACAGAGAGCUGUCUCCCCCCUCCUCUCUAGAGUCGAUGCUCACACAGGUCACCAUGUGGUGGACACUGAAGCUUCAGUGUUUAUCCAGCUCUGCAUCGGUCUGUAAACCUUUCUGUGUUCUAACCUCUCUCUAUUUUUCAAAAUCAUCUCCAAUAUUGAUCCUAGUUUGAGCACGUUUCUGCUCGUGGAGCUUAUUAGAAACAUGCAGAGGCUUUUUAGGUCGAGUACAAUCACUUCUAUCUGAACCACUUCUCUUGCCCGCUUCCAUCACUGCAACACCUGUUGACCUGAUAACUGCUCUCAUAUCUGGCAAACUGAGGGGCGUCCAAAACGGGCUGUGUGGGGGUCGCCUUAAAACCGCCUACCUUCUCUGGUCCAAACAAAUCCAGAGCAUUCAGGACCAGAAUCUAAAGUUAGAAGGAGGACAUACUGGCUGCUGCAUUGUUGUCAGAGAAGUCAGCACUUCAACAUAACAUGUUUCCUUAAUGUCUGAUCAUAUAGUAAGAUCACUUUAUCAUUUCACUCAGUACACAUCUCACUGAUUGAUCCUUUAAUGUGCCUAAAAUGGGGAAAAGGGAAACCAAAGCAUACACGAUAUCAGCAGAAAUAACUCCAUCAUGUCCUGUUAAUAAUUAUUGAGUUUUAUGAGAUUGAAUAGUGAUGAUUUAUUUAAACUGGGCGUGUUUCUAAAGAGUCUUUGUUUCAGGAGGUUUCUAUGAAGACCAGUGAAACUUUGACCAGCACUAAGUGCACAAGUUACUUGAACAAUACCCUGAAGACCGAUGCAUUGUGGGAAUUAUAGUGUGACACUGAAAUAAUGGUGCGUUCAGGAAGGCUUCGUAAACUUGUAAAUUUGACUGUUAUUGAGAUAAAGUGCAUCAGGAGGGUUUUACCUGAUCAGAUAUGAAACACAGAAACAGAACAGACAUGUUUUUAAUCAGUGUUUUAACUCCUGGAAAUUAUGAAUCAUGAUUUUAAUAAUCAAAAUGAUUAUGUGAUUAUACGAGUUGAUGAGGAACCCCCUAGUGCAGCCAUGAGAGGCUCUUACCAAGGACAGACGGGAACUGAAGCUUUACUUAUUUUAUUAUAUUUGAUGUAAAUUACUUAAACGUACUUAUUUGAAUAUUUUGCACACGUGUUCUCCUUAGGGACGAUUGUUAUGUACCACUAAAAGGAAACGGAGAUGGGAUGAUUCUCCUAAACGUCUUGUUCAGUUUUUCCUCUUUUGCAUGUUUUUAUUUUAACGUUGUGAAACUACAAAACGUAGUUUGUUAUUCUUUCUGCACAGACGUGUCGUGUGUUCAUAUGGCUGGCCAUGUGUAACUGUCUGACCUCUGCACUUCUUUGUUCACUCUUUGACUUUACUCGCUCGUGUCAUUUGCGGGAGGUUUUCUUUUCUUUUGGAUAUUUUUCAUAACUUAAGGUACAAUCUGUAAGAACACACAGAUUAGCUCAGAGUCCGUGUGAAGCAACAAAAAUAUUAUUCUUUGAGGUUUUUUAUACCACAGAAGGCAUAUAACUGUAUAAAAAUGUAGUUUCAAAAUCAUGAAAAUUUGAGGGCGACAGCAUCCUAGUGGUUAGUGUGCAUGCCCCAUGAAUGGCUGUAGUCCUCCAAGCGGGCGGCCCGGGUCUGACAUGUGACCUGUGGCUCCUUUCCCGCAUGUCAUUCCCCACUCUCUCUCUCUCUCUCUCGCUCUCCCAAAAAUAAACCUUAAAAAAUGAAAAUAAGAAUUUAUGCAGGUUUUCUGUUUUGGGACGCAGUGGUUGGUUUGUUGAAUUCUUCAAGACCCCGCCCACUUGCUUGAAGGACACGCCUCUCAACUGUCAAACACUGCUACUUAAAUUCUAGUGUUGCAGUACUUUGAAAACGGCAUUGGUCUCAAGACCACUUUUUGAAGGUCUCGGUGUCAGACUGGGAGGACUCCGGAUUUUAAAUCAAGACUGGUCAAGACCACCACUGAGAGGCUAUGUUCCCACGUUAUUACUGUGAUGAGAAGAACAACUCUUUCUGAAAGAACAAAUAACUUGAGACAAAGAUGAUGUUUUUUAUUGAUGAAUGACAGCCUACAUUCGCUCUGCUUUGAGCUCUGUUUUGGUCUCCACCAACCUCUGAGAAUCUGACCAGUUGCCUUUUGAUAAAAGAUGGUGUCAGCCAGUUUGAUCCAGAUAACUGGGUCUAAUGAGAAGAACACGAGCCUCGUGUUUGUUUUCACAACCACUGCACAGUUUUUACCAUAAACUCCAACCGUUGCACUUUGUAGUUUUUAGACAGUUUUUGUGUUUUUUACUUCAACAUACUGACUAGAAAUCGUCUGGGUUUUUUUUUUUCCGGUUCAUAGUUGAACAUUUUGUGUGUCUGUGUGUCGAGUGAGUGCUGAUACUGUCGCUGUGUUUGUGCGGGCCGCACUGAGGUCAGUCCCACAGCUGCAGCAGCACAAAGCCUCCGUUGUCCUCCGACAGACAAUUGACCAUAUUCACUGUUUUCCUCCGACAUUGUGACCAGUGUGGGAAGCUCAGAUUCUGGUGGAAUGUUGUCCUGCUGUGUUCAGGGUUUAAGUUCUUUAAAUUAAGGAUGUCCCAUUCUGAUGGGACUUCAGGCCAUAGCCUAGUUUAUGAAGUCAACUUGUUUAACCUGGAACAAAGCAGUAUGCCGGUAUAUGAGAAUUUAAGCUUCCCACCCUAAGCGUGACAUCAGAGGAAAAUGGCCACCAUGAUAAAUGAUGAAUAUACAUUACACCCCCCUCACAGCACUGUGUGUGUGUGUGUUACUGUCAGUCUGUUAGUUUGAAGGUACCACUACAUGUGAGGCUGGUGUUUGCGUCGGGUACUGGAGAGUAAUGUCUCUGUGUUUUUCAGACCAGCGGGCUGGUCCAAAACGUUUGUACAUGAGAGUCAACGUUUGUCGGUGACACGCGGCUGAAUGAUGAUGUCACAGCGACGCUUUGCUUUAAAUACGGGAACUUUUAACGUACUGUGAUUUAUUCUUUAAAUGCGUACAUAUUCGAUGUCUUUGUGUUAGCAUCUUAAUGUUUCUGUGGUGAAAGUUUUUUUUUAUAUUCCUGAUCAUUUGAAACUAAACUGAAUAAUUAUCUCUGUGUUAUUCUGCAUUUAUAGAUGUUUUAUGUACAGAGGACAGCGAUUCAGUGAAAAAGAAUAAAUAAACUAUAUAAACUUUUAUAAUUUAUCAAAGGUUGUAAAUGUACCGUCUUUUAUAAUAAAUAAAUAUUAAACACGUUAGAUGAACAACAUUCAGUCAUGAAUUUAAAAUCUGACUCUUUUUUUUCUUCACCAAACGAAUGUAACUCCAUUUUAAAGAAAUGUUUGUCCUAGUGUUCAAAUGUUGGGGAUUAAAUGUUGAAGUCGCCUCGUGGUUUUGUGAUGUCUUUAAAUUGUCCUUUUAAAUAUCUGUAUGUAAACGUCGUCGGUGUUGGAGGGAGAUGAAACGCAAUUUUUCGACAGACAUGCCAAAUAAAAUGGAAAAGUUGAAAUCA